GUUAGUUACUAUACAAAUUCAGUAGUGUCCCCUCCCAUCUGGCUGCCCCUGAGGACAUUCGGGAUGCCUCUCCGUCUGACAGGUCUGCACUCCUCGGGCUGUCAAACCGAGUCUCAUUAGGAUUUGGGAGUUCAGGCUGCCGACUGACAAGACUGGCUCCGAAAACGACGUCGACAAAAUGAAGCUCACCACUGUCCUCCUUCCGGCUCUCGCCAUGACCGCGCAAGCACUCACAGUCCCAGCCAGCCUUAAACCGAUCUUCGAUGUAAACGACAUCCUUGCCUUCGUGGCCAGGAUCUUCCCCUUCGACGUGACCCUCGAAGCUGCACAGAAGCUAAGCCUGGCUGCCGAGGAGGCGCUUGCGCUUGCUCAGGGGUUCCGAACGACGCGGCAGGAGCUCGAUGACGGGAGGUGUGGUGACCUGCUUGUGAUAUUUGCAAGGGGGACUCAGGAACCGGGCAACGUCGGCGCGCUGGUCGGACCGCCUUUCUUCAAGGCCUUGGAGAGGGCCUUGGGCGGCUCCCAUUCGCUCUCCGUGCAGGGAGUCGAAUAUGAGGCGAACGUGGGUGGUUACUUGGAAGGAGGUGAUGCCGAGGGCAGCCAGGGGAUGGCCUCACUCGUGACUGAGGCUUUCAGCACAUGUCCCAACUCCAAGAUCGUGCUCAGUGGUUAUUCUCAGGGUGGGCAACUGGUACACAACGCAGCCAAGUUGUUGCCCGCAGACACAAUGAAGGCGGUCAGCUCAGUGGUUAUCUUUGGAGAUCCUGACAGCAGUCAAAGCGUGGAGAACGUCGACUCAGACAAGGUCUUGGUGAUCUGCCAUAAGGGGGAUGACAUCUGCCAAUUCGGAGACUUGGUUAAACUCGAGCAUCUGACAUAUGCACAAGAUGCGGACACGGCAGCGGACUUUGUGGUGUCAAAAGCUGUGUUUUGAGAUUUUGAGAGGCUGG